AUGCAAGAAUAAUAUGAAUUGUAUUAUACUACAUAUAAUCAGGAGAGAGAGAGGAUUAGAGUAAGAGAGUUUCAUUACUUUAGAAAUUUUACAGUAGCUUGAAAUCUGAAGAAUCCAAUCGAUUGUUGAAGAGUUAAUCUCUUAACGAAUCUUUGAAGAAGGCUGAAGGAUUCAAAAAUGAAAAGAAGUUGCAGAUUAAACAAAAGGCUCACAAAUUUAAUAUUAAAGCUAAAAUUAUACAGAGAAAGAACAAUUAGAUGCAGGAACAUCAAUUUCUGGGUAUUAUUAAAUAGAAAAAUGAGUUGUUCAAGAAGGAGAUUGAGCUGUAAGAUAUAAUUUAAAUUCAGAGAACAUCGUCUUAAUAUCUUGAAUGCCGAAUAAACAGAGUAGAUCAGAUAAAAUUAAAUAUAUAAAUCGAUGAAACACAAAAUCUAUUUAGAGAGAGUUGAAUAACAUCAAUUAGUAAUAAAUUAAUAAUAAAAUAGAAAGUAGAAUAGGAGCAUCAGUAAUUAUUGGAAUAGAUGAAUAACAAAUUUUAGAAGGUCGAAUAAUAUAUUCAGAUAACUAGAGAAUCUUAAAAAUAGAAAUUUAGAAGUCUUAGUUAUAAAUACUUGACUUAUAAACAGAAAGCAGAGAAUCUAAUCUUGGAAAAAACAGAAAACACCUUUUAAGAAGCCCUUGAUAACAUGUCGAAGAGAGAAUAAAUUUAUGUAUCCAUUCUUUUUUAACUAAAAAAGGAAAAAUAUCUUGAGACCAAAGAAAAAGAGAGGAAAAAGAUUGUGAGAAGAAACAAAUUGGAAUUGAUCAAAUUUAAAAGAAACAAGAAAAGAUAAGAGUCAAUCGAAAAAGCCUAAAAACAAUUGUAAGAAUAAGAAAGACAUAGAAGAAUACUCAAUAACUCUACUUCAAUACCAAAAAUCAUCAUUACUGAACAUGAUGAUUAAGGUAAUAAUGAUGUAGAAGUCGAAGUCUAUGAAGUACCAUAAUCUGAGGGAUAAAAUUAAAUUUAUGAAGAAAAAGUUACAUCUUCAAAAAAGAAUUAAAAAGAAGAAUAAUCUAUUUUCACUAAUAUUAAUGAAUCUUCUAUGCAAGUUACUUUGCCUGAAACAAAAAAUAUAGACUCUCCCAAUUAUAAGAAACCAAGGAGGGAAUCAGAAAAGGAACGAUAAUAUUAAAUUUUAAUGUAAUUUAAUUUAAAUAUGGACUUAGGAAAUUAAGGUUGAAUCUAAAACAAGAAAGAGAGAAGUUGGAUAGGGAAUUGAACUCAUUCUUCAUUAGUUAGGCAAUACACUAAAAUUGA